CUCUGAUAUUGUUUAUUGAGGCUGGAUGUCAGGUAUAAUUAGCAAUCGAUAUGGAAAACGCUCGCUCCCCACACUGGCACGUCUCUGACGUCAGGACCGAUUAACGUUUCUUAUUGGUCCCAAAUUCCCCCAGCCUGAGCUAAUUAUUGGGAGCCUGAUGUUGAUAAAGUUAAAGCGCCCGGGCGCCCUGCAGCAUGAGCCCCUCGCCGCGCCUCCGCCAGCAGCAGCACCCCCGGCCCCAGCACCCCCGCCGCCAGCACCCGCGGGCCCCGCGCCGGCCCCGCCGCGCCGCGCCGCCCCCGCGCCGCCCCCAUGAUGGACAGCCGCCUCCUGGAGCACCCCCAUGCCCAGUUCGGGGGCAUGGUGGGCUUCCCUUACCCGCUCGGCCACCACCACGUCUACGAGCUGGCCGGCCACCAGCUGCAGUCGGCGGCGGCCGCCGUGCCCUUCUCCAUAGACGGAUUACUGAACGGCUCCUGCGCCGCCUCCGUGGUGAACCCGGCCCCGCUCAUCCCCUCCGCCUGCGGCGUCAGCGGCGACAGCCAGCCCUUCAAGCUCGCAGACUCGGGUGACCCGGACAAAGAAAGUCCUGGCUGUAAAAGAAGACGAACCCGCACCAAUUUUACGGGCUGGCAGCUCGAAGAGCUGGAAAAGGCGUUUAAUGAGAGUCAUUAUCCGGACGUGUUUAUGCGAGAAGCUCUGGCUCUCAGGCUGGACUUGGUGGAGUCCAGAGUGCAGGUCUGGUUCCAAAACCGCCGGGCCAAAUGGCGAAAGAAAGAGAACACCAAGAAGGGCCCGGGGCGGCCGGCUCACAACUCGCACCCCACGACGUGCAGCGGGGAGCCCAUGGACCCCGAGGAGAUCGCCCGCAAGGAGCUGGAGAAGAUGGAGAAGAAGAAGCGCAAGCACGAGAAGAAGCUCCUCAAAAGCCAAAGCCGCCACCUGCACUCGCCCAGCGGCCUCUCGCUGCACAGCACGCCCAGCUCCGACAGCGACAGCGGCGGCGGCGGCGGCCUCUCGCCCGCGCCGCCCGAGGCGAAGCCCCGCGGGCAGCCGCCGCCGCACCCCCCGCCGCCCGCCGCCGCCGCGCCCGCCGCCGCCCCCGAGCCGCCCCCCAGCAGCUGCGAGCAGGCGGCGGAGCCCUUCUACCCCAGCCAAAGAAGCGGCGCCGGGCGGCUGCAGCGCCCGCCCGACAAGGACUGCGCGGCCGCCCCGUCGGGGGACGGCAGCGGCGGCGCGGGGGGGCCCCGCGGCGCCUCCAGCUUCCACAAGCUCAACCCCUUCAGCGUGGAGAGCCUGCUCUCCGACUCGCCCCCCCGCCGCAAGGCCGCCCUGGACUUCCCCAGCCUGCCGCCCUGCGCCCCCCGCACCCUCAUCGGCAAAGGACACUUCCUGCUCUACCCCAUCACCCAGCCGCUGGGCUUCAUCGUGCCGCAGACCGCGCUCAAGGCCAGCCCGGGCGCCGAGGCGGGCCAGCCCCCCCGGGACUCCCCGCUGCCCGCCGCCAACCCGGGCCCCGCCGCCUUCGGCGCCGAGCCGCCGCCCGCCGGCGCCCAGCCGGGCCCCGGCCCCACGGACUCGGCCGCGGGCCGCUGCAGCCCCCCGGCGCCGGCGCCGCCCCCGCCCCCGCCCGCCGGCGCCUCGCCCCGCUCCGCGGCCGCGCACGGCGACCCGGCGGCGGCCGCGCCCGCGGAGGGAGGCAGCUUCCCGCGGCCCAAGUCGCCGGUGCGCGCGCGGGACGCCAGCACGGCCAGGGACACCUCGGACUGCGGCCCCGGCGGGGCCGGCAGCCUCGACGGCGACGAGGUCGACAUGGACUGAGCCGGCGGAGACGCAGAAAAAGAGAGAAGUCUCUCUCGCGCACGCACCCACCCCCCGAGCAGCCGCCCGCAGCGCCCGUCACCCGCGGAAAAGAGGGAAGAGCGGGGUUUCCCACGCCCGCCGCCGCCCCCCGACUUGCCAUG